AUGGCCUACAGCUGCUGCUCUGGAAACUUCUCCUCCCGCUCCUUUAGGCGCUGCCUGCCUUCUUCAAGUUCCUCUUGCAGCUCUUCUUACCCCAGCAACCUGGUCUACACCACUACUAGUUGCUCUCCCAGCACCUGCCAGGUGGCAUCUUCUCUGAACACCAGAUGUCAAGAGACCUGCAUUGAGCCCACCAGCUGCCAGAGGUCCUGCGUGAUGUCCAGCCCAUGCCAGGUGGAAUCCUCUGUGAACACCGGCUGUCAGGAGACCUGCAUUGAGCCCACCAGCUGCCAGAGGUCCUGUGUGGUGACCAAACCCUGCCAGACAGCCUGCUACUACCCGAGGAGCUCCACACCUUGCAGUCCCUGCCAGGGAACAUAUGCUGAAUCUCUGAGCUUUGGAUCCAGCAGCUGCCGUUCCCUGGGCUAUGGAUCUAGAAGCUGCUACUCAAGGGGCUGUGGAUCCAGUGGCUUCAAAUCCCUGAAUGGUGAAAUCUAUGGCUUCCCUUCCCUGAGUUAUGGGUCCAGAUUCUGCUACCCACUCUACUUGCCUUCUACUGUAUUUCCACCUUACUGCUAUACCUCAACCUGUGGAUAUCCUUUUGGAUACAGCUGUUAA